CUCCCGCCCGAAAAUACGCAUGCUCCACCUCUCUCCCCGCCUCCUCUUCUACUCGAUUGGCUGCAGGGCGGACGCGCUGCGAACAACGCGCGCCUCCCAUUGGCCAGUUAGUCUUGCACCGCCCGCUUGGCCCUUUCAAGAUGGCAACCAAGCGCGAUCUGAGGUGGCCGCGGCCGUUGCUGUGGAGGUUGUGGCUGGCCCGGAGCGCUCCACAGACUCGGGGUUCCCGCCUGGGCCUAGAAAGGAGGACUUAUUCUCAGGGCGACGGCGCGUACUCGCGCACGGCGCUCUACGAGCUGCUCGGCGUGCCCUCCACAGCCACGCAGGCGCAAAUCAAGGCGGCCUACUACCGGCAGAGCUUCCUCUACCACCCGGACCGCAACUCGGGGAGCGCCGAGGCUGCCGAGCGCUUCACGCGCAUCUCCCAGGCCUACGUGGUGUUGGGCAGUGCCACCCUGCGUCGCAAGUAUGACCGCGGCCUGCUCAGCGACGAGGACCUGCGCGGACCUGGCGCCCGGCCCCCCAAGGCGCCGGUCCGCGACACCGGCUCGCCCCGCCCCCCGCCCCCCGCGUCUCAGGCCCGCGGCCGGGGUCAGGCCCCCACGGGCGCCAACCGCACGAUGUUCGACUUUGACGCCUUCUACCAAGCUCACUACGGAGAACAGCUGGAGCGCGAACGGCGCCUUAGGGCCCGGCGAGAGGCCCUGCGCAAACAGCAGGAGGCCCGGGCCAAGCAGGGCUUCCACUGGGACGAUACCCGAGACGCGACCCUUGUCUUCCUUCUCCUCACCGGCUUCAUCAUCAUGGGCUUUCGUUUUUAAAAGGAGAGAGGAAGAAAGGGAGCCGCCCCCAGCCAGCCCCAAGAAAAUGGCCUUUCCCGUGUUCUCGAACCCUUUGCCUUCCAUAGUCUACCUCUGCCGGUGUCCGAAGAGACUGCUCUUCCCCUCCUAUUCCCCGCUUAGCCAUCCACCUACGCGUCCCACCCCGACGGUCCAGGAAAGGAGGCUUUUCGGUGCCCAAGAAAGAGGCCCCAAGAAGAAGAGUCCCCAGAGCCCGAGAGUGACGGGCUCUCUCGAGUCCCUUGGGUGCCUUGCUCCCAGAGGUUGCCUUCCCGAUGUCAGCUUCUGGAACACUUGCUCGGGCUUUAUUGUAAAGCUCUGAGCAAGACUUGGCUGCUCCUGCCCCGCAUUUGUACCGUGGGGCUCCUGUGUAACCUUGAACAGUGCAAUGUGACCAAUUGCUGGCUGCCAAAAGAGAAAAUGCGGGGUGGUUCGAACCUUGUCUUUCUCUGUGAGUUCCCCAGCCAGAGAUGGGACCCGCCGUAAGAAUGCGAUCUCUGGAAACCUUGCUGUUCUCGCCCGAUCAGCCCCAGACCCCGCUCCCCCUUCUCUUGGCGGGCAUGUGGGAGUGGGGGAGCAAGGUCAUGGAGCACAAGGAAUUGAGUGUUCCUGUGCCCGCAGCUAUCUAAUGUAUGACCUUGGAGAAGCUACUCUGUGGGCAUAACAGCAGAGGAACAAAUCAUUUGCUCUCCUGAGGUCUGUCACGCUUUAUUAUCUACACUUCUAAUGGGCUCAUUGAUUAAAACGUGAUGUGAUGGAGUCAGGUUUAUCCUUGGGACGGUAUGCCUGUCCCCUGGUCAUUCCCUCUGCCAGCCAGCCCCAUCGCUAACUGUGCAGCCCAUCCCCUCCCAGAAAUAGAGCAGCAAGCUGGGGGGCUGAGUGGCCUGAAGGUGGCCUGUCCUCUUGUUUAGCCCCACAAGCCAGAUCCUUGAAACCUGGCUGCUUGAGUUUAGAGUAGACAGUACUGCUAAGGGACAGGAGGCAUGUGGUGGAAACUCUUUAUUCAGAGCUGGCUGAGGCUUCCCCCCCCCUUUUUUUUAUGUUUAUUUAUUUUAAGAGCGUGUGUGUGACCCCGGGAGAGGGGCAGCGAGAGGGAGAGAGAAUCUGAAGCAGGCUCCGUGCUCAGCUCGGAGCCAGAUAUGGGACUCCGAUCCCAGGACUGUGAUAUCAUGACCUUAGCCGAAGUCAAGAGUCGGACACUUAACCCACUGAGCCACCCAGGCUCUCCUCUCUCUUUCUUUUUUUGUUUUUUUUUGCUCUCUCUUUCUAAGCAGGUGGUCAUCACUUGGCUAGAGCUGUAGUAGUCAGGCCCUUGACCCUGAGUCCCUGUGCGUGGCAUAUGUAUUGGCUGUAAGAUUUUAGGUACUUAAGCAUUAAUGCAUGGGGCCUAAGUGUAAAGCUGUGAGCUGGGGAGACCUUUGCAAGAGAUCUGCCACAGGGUGAGGACAGGAGUGUAAGUGCUAAACAAAGCCAAAGGUGCUCGGGUGUAUUAAUAAGAAUUCCUGCAUUCGAUCUUGUGUGUGAAAUCCGUGUAAUUAGGAUAAGCCCACAGCUAGUUCAAACUGGUGUCUUGGAAACCGUUUGAUUCUCUCCAGCCUUGGAGGUCAGGGGCUGCAGUGACUGUCCAAUUCAGUGGGAAGCAUUUGAGCCUGCUUGAGCUCAGUGAGCCUUGGUUUGGGGGAGAGGUGUAUGUACUUGUAAAAAGAACAUUUAAUGUUGUUAUGUUUCAUAUUUGGAAAACAAGUCCUUUUUGAAAUUCAAACAACAGGAACUGUUAAGCUUAGUAAAAUGCAAAGAAAC